AUUUAACAGUUAACUAUGUACAUCACCAUGAAAGGAGACUUGGUUGAAUUGAAUUAAGUAACUUUACCCUCAUUAUGUUUGUAGAGAAAUCUUGUCAUUUCCAGAACAUAAAUUGAUAACCACACCAAAGUUUAAUAUAAAUCAGAUAAGUUGGUGAUUAAUGAUAAAAUUGUGUUGCAAAACUUCAACAAAUAAUUCAUUAAUCGACUCGAUUACGCAAUCAAGAAUUACGAAAUCAGAUUGUAAUAAGCAAUCCAACAAUUUGUGUGUAAUAGGCAAGAAAUCCUCAAAAUUAAUUAGACUGAUAAAAAGUUAGUUACAAGAUAUCUGUGGAUCAAUGACAAUUAUUCAGAAAUCAGAUAUUCUGAUGCUCCUUUAACCAAAAACUUCAAAAAAAGUAUCUCAAUACAAAUUUUUAGUGCCGCUCAAUGAAAUCACAUUUCAAUACCAACAACUUGAUGAUAAAGUUAUGAAAGCACUCAAAAAAUAUGAUCUCUAUCCUGAAUACCUCUUGACAAUCCUACACAAAAAGAAAUAGUUAUCAGUUGUGUUCCUGUCAUUCAGAAAAUUAAAUGCCUUCACAUCACUUUGCAAUUGGAUUCUCAAAUCCAGAGAUUUGCCAUAAAUCCAAUUCUCAGCACUCAUAUUCCUUAAAUUAAAAUUGUAAUAUGCAGCUCAACAAUAGGGUUUGACAAUCAAAAAAUACUUACUCAUCCAGUUAAAUAGAAUCAGAACAUAACUCACUCUUAAAAGUACUCAAUCUCUCUUAUUCUUUUAGGCUUGAAAGACAAAAACUCUUAAAUAUUAGAAUCAGGCAAAUCAUCAGAAAAAAAGCAAUGGUCAGUUUAGUUAACCAUUAAAAAAUCUAAACAGGAUAGUCUGGACAAAGAAAAUAUUAAUAAAAAAAUUUAGUUUUCCUGA